UGCCAAACGGUCAAAAAUUUAAACGGAUGCCUUCGGGGCAGAGCGACUUUUCGUCGCCGUGUCCAUGAAAAGACGCAAAUGAGCGAACACGAUGAAACUGACACUCAGCAACUCAAAUGAUGACAUGAUUGUCGUCGAAGUCCGGCGAGACAUGCUUCUCAGCGAGUUGAAAACGCUGUUCGCAUGGGAGACCAACUCGCCUGUAAACGACCUGAGCCUCUACCACAAAGGUUCACCCUUGGUGCAGGAAGGGCUCGACCUAAGGUCUCACGGCAUCGCCGACGGCGACAUGGUCGUCUUCAGGAAAAUGCCCAGAAGGAAGGGUUCGCCGCCAUACAGAUGUAACCGUACACCAAGAAUAGGAUCUGCAUGUGAUGUACGGUAUUUUAAGAAGAUUCUAGAGAAGAGAUUGUGGUACGCGUGGUAAAAGAGCAAAAAUUCAUCAUGAGUUUAAAUAAAUAUUUUAAUUUCUAUUACUUCGGCCAUCCGUGUCCCAAUCGCGCAAGAAACGGCUUCUACCAGAUAAUGCCGUGCAUUUCACACAGUGUACAUUGCACAGCAUCCCCGAAUUCGCCAAAGGCUUCUGUAUCGCCGAAGCGAACAGCUAGCAAUGACCCGGCGCAGAUCAGAAACCUUCUCCUUAGCAAUCCAAACCACAUGGCCGCCUUGAAAGAAAACAACCCGAAACUAUACAAUGCACUAAAGUCCGGAAAACUUGAGGAAUUCGCUUCGGUUCUAGCAGCACAAUUAGAAGAGAGAGAACGACUUGAAAGAAAGAGGAUGCAGCUGCUGCAGGCGCACCCUUUCGACAUCGAGGCCCAGCGCCUGAUCGCUGAGGACAUAAGAAGGAAAAACAUCGAGGCGAACAUGGAAGCCGCUCUCGAACACAACCCGGAAUCGUUCGGAGUGGUCAUCAUGCUUUUCAUCAACUGCCUUGUCAACGGGUACCCUGUCAAGGCGUUCGUUGACUCAGGUGCCCAAACGACAAUAAUGUCUGUCAAAUGUGCGGAAAGGGUGAACAUCAUGAGACUCGUAGACACGAGGUGGUCCGGAGUGGCCAGAGGUGUCGGGGUACAGCGGAUAAUCGGCCGCGUCCACAUGGUAGACGUUGUUAUAGAAAAAGAUCACUUAACAACAUCGUUUUCUGUCAUUGAAGAACAAGCUAUGGACAUGCUGCUGGGGCUCGACAUGCUAAAACGGCACCAGUGCUGCAUAGAUUUGAAGAAGAACGUCCUGCGGAUCGGUACGACAGGGACCGAGACGCCGUUCCUCACUGAGUCUGAGUUGCCCGAUUUUGUCAAUGUCUCUCCCACCUCCAGCGGUUCUAAAAGGCCAAAAAGCUCUAAGAAAAAACCGAACGAGAGAUAAGAGUUUCUACUCUGUAUAACGGCAGAAAAUAUUAAAAAUAAAAAAUACACAAAAAAAUAGUAAAAGUAAAAUAGUAAA